AAUCUAACACACGAAAAUUAGGCUUAAAUUGACCUCUCCGCUCAGCAGCUGAUGUUUAGGGUUUAAGGGGCUCCAAUCUCCGCAAAACACCCUGCUUUUCGUUCAUCUUCCACCGCCGCCGGUGCCGGUUAUAUAUAUUUUCUGUUAAAACUCGAGAGCUAAACAUUGGAGUAAGGAUGGUUGAUACUGAGAAAAUUUCUAACCCGAAACCCCCGAAAUCGGAAGAUGGGGAUAUGAAGAAGAAACGGAAGAGGAAGAGAAGCAAAAAAGAGAGCGAAAAAUCAGUUACAGUAGCCGAAGAAGUUGAGGUGAAUGAAAAUGGAGAUAGUUAUAUAGAAGAAAAAAUGGAAUUGGAGACGAACAAAAAGGAAGAAGAGCACUUUGAGCUUGAACGACAAGAAGAAGAAAAAGAAGAAGCGGAUGAGACUGAAGAGAAGAAGAUGAAGAAGAUGAAGAAGAAGAAGGCGAAAAGUGGCAGUGGAAUUAUGAGUACAGUCAGUUUUGAGUCGAUGAGCUUGUCUGAACCUACCAUGAAAGCCAUUAAAGAUAUGGGUUUUCAUUACACGACUGAGAUUCAAGCUAGAUCUAUGCCACUUCUUAUUGAAGGCAGAGACGUUCUUGGUGCUGCGAGGACGGGUUCUGGGAAGACACUUGCGUUUCUAGUACCAGCAGUUGAGUUGCUUUAUCAACUUCAUUUUGCUCCUCGGAACGGAACGGGAGUUAUCAUCAUUUGCCCAACUAGGGAACUUGCCAUACAGACACAUGCAGUUGCAAAGGAACUAUUAAAGUAUCAUUCACAGACUCAUGGGUUGGUCAUUGGUGGUUCAGCAAGGAAGAGCGAGGCAGAAAGACUAGCUAAAGGAGUUAAUUUAUUGGUGGCAACCCCUGGCCGACUUCUUGAUCAUCUUCAAAACACCAAGGGGUUUAUAUACAAUCGUCUAAAGUGUUUGACGAUUGAUGAAGCUGACAGAAUAUUGGAGGCAAACUUUGAAGAAGAAAUGAAGCAAAUAAUUAAAAUUUUACCUAAGGAGAGGCAAGCAGCCCUUUUCUCUGCUACCCAGACGAAGAAGGUUGCAGAUCUGGCACGCUUAUCCUUGAAAGAUCCUGUCUACGUUGGUGUAGACGAUGAAAGGAAGAGGGUCACUAAUGAAGGACUGGAGCAAGGCUACUGUGUUGUGCCAUGUGCCAAGAGAUUUAUUGUACUCUAUUCCUUCCUAAAACGACAUCAAUCACAGAAAGUGAUGGUUUUCUUCUCUUCAGUCAACUCCGUCAAAUUUCAUUCAGAAUUGCUGAAGUACAUUCAUGUGGAUUGCUUUGACAUUCAUGGACAACAAAAGCAGCAGAAACGAACCACUACUUUCUUUGACUUUUGUAAAGCAGAAAAAGGAAUACUGUUGUGUACUGAUGUUGCUGCUCGUGGUCUUGAUAUUCCUGCUGUGGACUGGAUUAUUCAAUACGAUCCACCGGAUGAUCCCAAGGAAUAUGUGCAUAGAGUUGGUCGAACAGCUCGUGGUGAAGGUUCAAAAGGAAAUGCCCUGCUUUUCCUGACACCAGAAGAGUUGCAGUUUCUCAGCCAUCUUAAGGCAGCUAAGGUGCCUGUAAAAGAGUAUGAAUUUCCUGAAAAGAAGCUGGCUAAUGUGCAAUCUCAUCUGGAAAAGUUAGUGUCUAACAAUUAUUAUUUGAACAAGUCUGCUAAAGAAGCGUAUAGAUCUUAUGUUCUGGCAUACAAUUCACAUUCUAGCAAGGACAUCUUUAAUGUUCACCGCCUUGAUCUGCAGGGGGUGGCAGCCUCAUUUUGCUUUGAUAACCCUCCAAAGGUUAGUAUCAACAUAGAUAGUAGUGCGUCCAAAUUCAGAAAGACAAAACGAAAUGACGGACGAAGUCGGAAUGGAUUUAGCAGUAGCAAUCCCUAUGGGAACAGAAGUUCAGGCCAUUGAGGACCUCCUUCUGGAGAAGGUUAAAUGUGAUGGCUAGUCCGGGAAGAUGGACAGUCAAGUAUAAACCCUGGAAGAGGAUCAGAUAGCUGCCAACUCUGAGCUUUUCUCCAAUUUUGUGCUGAGUUUUUCUCUUUAUAAAUUUUGUUAGAUUUACGUAAGAUUAUAUAUUUAUGCUGUAAAGUGUAUAUGACAAACACAGACUCCCAGCAAGGAAAACCAUGAUGACUAUGAUACUGUUCUUUGUUAUUCAUGCUGUUUAAUGUAAUUGUUAUUUUCAAUGGUA